AGUGUGCAAAAUUUUGUUCAAUUUUACUGGCGAGAACUGGCGGAAUUUUAAAAUCAAAAUUUCAAAAUAGUGAACGGUUACAAAAUUUAAUAUUAAUUAAAUAACGAAAACUAUCAUCGUUCUGCAACGACAAUGAACGAGUCCAGAUUUUUGCUCAAUCAAAGUGAACUCAAUAGCUCAUCGUAUGCAGAAGAAAUACGUUGUGAACUGCAACGGCUGCGUAAAAAUCAACUGCUUAUGAAGUUGCUGAAAUUACCGAACUGUCCACUGUCCGUUAACAAUCGGGCCCUGCUCGGUGUGCACUUGUCCGAUAAUCCUUUACCGCUGGGAUUGGACUACAUACGCAAUGUUGAAAUGAGUUAUCAUGAUCGUGUCGCUCUGAACCGUUUCGUUGAGUCAAAGGUACUAGAACACACACGUCCGAUCAUCGAUAGGUUGCUUAAGCUCACGGACAACAAUCUUGAUUCGCUCGGUUCAGUGUCCUACAAACACCAGCAGGAAAUUUUAACAUUGGAUGCUGAAAAGCGAUCUUUGACCGAAAAGCUGAUAAAGCUGAAAAAUAGGAAACUACAUUUCAUGAACCUCUGCGCAGAAAUGAGAACUGGUCCGUACCAGAAAAAUAGCGUAGAAACAAAAAAUGCAGAAAGUAAAGCGUUACAGAUUAAAGCAGAAACCACUCAAAAAGUUAUGAUUCAUGAAGUGAUCACCAGGAACGCACACGCUAUGAAAGCUGUCAAAGAGGUCGAAGCCAACAUCGAUACUUUACUCGCUCUGAAAUAAUGUAAGUUAAUCUAUAGAUUUUAUUCAUAACUAGUAUUUAAACAUACAAACCUUAGUCACUGAUAAGAGUAACGAGGGCAGUGCCUCGUAAAAUCCAAUGAUCUGAAGAUUUUUGCGAGUCCAACAGAAUAGACAGCACAAAAUUUGUCGAAUGACCGGUGGUAGACAAAACGCCGGCUCUCACGCUUGUCUUGUACAACGGUGUCUCGUAACGAUGCCCAACCUCGAGUUCGGUGCAAGGUUUCAACCAAACUACAGGCAAUCGCGACACUAGCUCGCCCACACGUGGAUCACACAAACCACCUUCCUUUAGAUCCCACUUUCCGGCUUCGAUGAAAAGUCCGUGAAUCAGUAUUCCAUAAUUAGGUACCUUGAGAUCUUCGAACAGCGAGUUGCUCUAAAACAAAAUGAAUAAAAUAAUUGAAUG